GUUCAGAUACUCUCAGGGAGACUGUAAUCACAAAAAAAGAUAUGGUACAUCCUUACAAAGAUAGCAGAAAAUAGUCUUUGCUUCUCUCUGCGCUGCUCGUGAUGGGUUGCUGCAUCUCCAGAGAAAUUCUCACAGCUGUUUAUGAUAAUCCCUCAAGUACUGGCAAUGCCCCUCAGAAUACAAAUAAGACUGUGGCUCAGGAGAAGAGAGAACAUCCGCCGACUGCUGAAGACCAUGAUGUCUGCAAGCAAGACAGGACAGAUUUCUGCUGGGACCCCAUCAUACAGAAUUGCUUCGGAAGUACCAAUGGAUUUUUUUCUGGCUCCAAGCAGACAUUGAACGGCUACGAUAUUAAUGCACUUGCAAGAUCGUCACUGGUUGGCUUGGUUCAGACAGUAAAAGAUCAUAUCACCAAGCCAACGGCCAUGGCAAGUGGGCGUGUUGCUCACAUAAUUGAAUGGAAGGGUUGGGGUGCCCAGCGUAGAGGAUGUAAUGCUGCUCCAAUGGAUGAAGACCAUUACUCCAACCUGACUGAUGAACUGAAGGAAGCUCGCUUUGCUGCAGGUGUUGCCGAGCAGUUUGCUAUUACUGAAGCAACACUGAGUGCUUGGUCCUCUCUGGACACUGAAGAAGUGCUUGGAGACAGCAGUCCAAGCAAUAUGGUUAACUACCUCAAAGCCAGCUCCAGUGGAGUGGAGCUGCACAGAACACUAGGGCAAAGCACUGGAAGCCACCCACACCAUUCACACUCCAGCAACAACAGCUCAUUCAUCGAAGAUGAUGUAUUUUAUAAUUAG